UCCGUUUUUUUUUCCUUUCCAAUUUGCUUUUUAGAGUUUGUUUCUAAAUUUUAGACCUUUUUGUGCAUAUUCUUAUAUUCUUAUACUCUUGUAUUCUAACGUUAGACACAGGCGCAGCUUUUUUGUGACAACCAACUCGGCAUUAAUAUUCGUUGGGCCACACAGGUCAAUACAGCUCGAUACAGUUCAAUACAGUCCAAUACAGUCCAAUACAAUUCAGUUCACGCCACACCACACAGUGCAAUACAUACAUCAUCGGGGGCACAAUGGAGCGACACCCAUCCUCUCGCAAGCCUGUGCGGCGCACGGCAGGGCACGUUGCGGACAGCACAGCAGACAUUAAAGAGUCCGGCUGCAUAGCCGACAGUGGUGUGCAUAGCAGAGUCCCUACGACAGUAGGCAUACAUUAUAGCCACGGGAUUGGUCACGAGCAAGUGUACCGACAAGGGUAUGCGCCCGGAUGCAGCGCAGUAGGAUUCAGAGCAGAAGACGGCAGGGGCGAGUACCGGCAGCAAUGGCAAGGAGCUGCGAGCAGACACACCCCACUGAAUCCCAUGCACUACACUUUGCCAGUAGCACACAACAGCAGUAUGGGCGGUUUCAGCAAUGAGCGCGGUAGCAGCACACACGGGAGUUAUUCGCAUAGCGGCAGCACCAGGGGGACAAUGGCCAGCGAGGGUGGCAACAAACAUAGUGUUAUGGCAGUGCAUACGGGGUACCCACAGAUCGAGGAUCGCCCAGGGCGGGUGCACCGCUACAUAUCCGGCGGGCAGCAGGGCGACGGGGCAGCGUCAACAACAGAUGUGAUGGCGCCGCCAGUGCUGCCGCCGCUGGAGAGCCUGCAGUCAGGAGAUGAAAUACCAUUCUGGCGGCCUCCGGCCGUGCUGCAGCGCGAGCCACACUACCACCGCCCAGGUUCCGGUGGUGGGCUGUCCGGGUCUCUGGGCAGCUACCAGCUGCAGAGCCAGCCGGUUUCUGGGCAUGCGGCCAAGGUGUAUCAGCAGCAGCGCAACUAUAGCUCGAGCCAGAGCACUGCCAGUGCCAGUGCCAGUGCCAGCGCCAGUGCCAGUGCCAGUGCGACAUGCGGCAGGCCGAUGCUGUCAUCGGCGCUACUGGCGAUCAGCAACACGCACUACCAGCAUAGCAACCAGUCGAGCCAGCGGCGCGGCAGGCAUACGCUGGCGUCGAUAUGCUCUCCGGUGAGCGGGGAGGAGGAUGGCGGCAUCAGCAUUGGCAGCGCCAGCACCAGCACCAGCACCAGCGCCAGCACCAGAAGCAUGGGCAGCAGCCCGGUGGCGGCUGCGGCGCUGGGAACCGACGACGAGAGCAGGGGCACGCUGCGGCUACCGCCCAUUGAGCCAAUGUCGAUCGCAUGCCUGGUGUCGGCGCGGGCCGGCGGCGUGCAGCUGCCAAGCUUCGCGAGCCUGGCGUGCAAGCGCGCGGCCGAGUGCGACGCAGAGGAGGACGCGGCGCGGUCGCUGCACAAGAUGGCGCGCACCGACAGCCAGGCCGACCAGGCCGACCAGGCCGACACGAUCAUCACGUACAGCAGCGUGCGCGAGGAGCCGGGGCUGUGCGGCGGCAACCAGGUGGUCAUCACGUGCUACCACGCGGCCGUGGCGCAAAAGUCGUACGGCGGCGAGAAGCGGUUCCUGUGCCCGCCGCCCGCCGUGCUGAUGUGCGGCGAGGGCAGCAGUGCGCGGGCUGCGCACGGCGCGGCCAUGCUCCUGUCGGUGGUGCGCGAGGGCGGCUGCGACGGGCUGCCGUCGUCCAGCGCGCACGGGCCGCUGGAGUGCCAGACGUCGUUCAACGAGCGCAACGUGGCGCUGUUCAAGAGCCUGCACGUGACGGGCAUGCAGAAGGCCAAGAGCUUCCGGCUGCGGCUGGACCUUGUGGCCGGCGGCGCGGCGCACGCGUCGCUGGAGUCAGGCGCCGUGGCCAUCAUCUCCAAGCCGAGCAAGAAGACGGCCAAGGCGCGCAACCAGUCGACGUGCAUCCGCAGCGGCGCGCUGGUUGCGCUGUUCAACCGCAUCAACUCACAGACGUUCCGCACAAAGUACCUGAACGUCGACCACACGACGGAUCGGUGGGUGGCGCAAAGCCAGAACUGGUCGCCGUUCCACGUCGAGGUUGUGGGCGCAGCGCCCGGCACGCCGCUGUACUACGGUGCCGAGAUCGUGCUGGUCGAGUCGCACCGCAGCUUCCGGUCGCCGCCGAUGAUCAUCCGCAAGGUCGAGCGCGGGCGGCUGGUGGCUGGCGCCAGCUCGCCGGUCAGCCAGAUGCAGAAGGUGGCGCUGCAGCUCAAGGGCAGCCGCCCGCCGCACUUCCUGAUGGCCGACGCGGGCCACUACGUGGCGGCGGGCGGCGGCGACCCAUCGGCGCCCGCGGCUGCGCGCUUCGACGACGCCGACGGCUCGCCCGAGCUGACCUUCGAGCCCGCCGAGCCCAGCCGGCUCGCGCGCACGCGGCUGCGCGAUGCGCCGUCGGCGGCGCAGGAAGGCAGCAGCGCCGAGCUGGACGACGCGUUCUGCUGGACGAUCGUCGGCAUCGCAGCCUUCACGCAUGCGUUCUCGGCGCCGCGCGGCCAGGCAGUGGGCGCGCUGGUGCGCGUGUCGGCCGUGGCCCACGACGCCGCCAGGCGCACCCUGCGCAUUGUGGCGCCGGGCGCAGAGCCGGGCGCGGGCGUCUUCAUUGCGCAGCUGCCGGACGACGCGGCGCCGGGGGCACUGGCCAUCCGGCGCAGCGACGGUGCGCUCGUGCACACAGGCUGGGCAAUGCGGCACGGGGCGGCUGGCCAGCUGGAGCUCGCGGCGUGCAGCCUGGACAUCUGACGGGCGGCCCGGCCUGGACAUCUGAUCGCGCGUAAUCCUGCGAUCACACGCCUAAUCAGCACAGCUUUUUUCUUUAUUUUUUCCCUUGCCCGCGAGCGAUCGUGGGCAGGCCG